UAAUAAUAAUAAUAACAGUAAUAGUCUCUCUGGGUGGCCCCAAAUCCAAGCCAUAGGCCUUUUUGACUUUUUCUUCAGGAUUCGGGUUUCUAUUUAAAUCCCCCUCUAACUUCAACUUUCUUCAUCGUCCAUCAAUUAGAGUCUCCAAAAUCUGCCGAGGCAUUUGAUUGUUUGGUUGAAGACAAAGGUGAAUCCAUGGCGGCUACAGGUCUUCUACUGGGUUUAAUACUUGUUUUGGGUUGCUUUUCAGAGAUUUGUGUUGCCACCAUCUCUUUCUCUUCGUUGCAAACAACACUUGUUGUCACUGUUUCUCAUCCACGACGACUUCUUAGAGCUGGGGAAGACAAAAUAACAGUGAGAUGGGGGCUGAACCAGAGUCUCCCAGCAGGGACCGACUCGGCCUAUAAGACAAUCAAGGUUCAGUUAUGCUACGCACCCAUUAGCCAGGUUGACCGCGCCUGGAGGAAAACCGAGGAGCAUCUUUCCAAAGACAAAACUUGCCAAUUCAAGAUCGUUAAAAUGCCCUACACCACCGGCAACCAAACUUUGGAAUGGACCAUUGAGCGAGACGUGCCGACUGCCACAUACUUCGUCCGAGCCUACGCACUGGACGCCAAUGAUCACGAAGUGGCUUACGGUCAAAAUACUGAUGCCAAAAAGACUACCAACCUCUUCGAAAUCCAGGCCAUCAGCGGACGCCAUGUCUCGCUCGAUAUCGCAUCCGUUUGCUUCAGCGUUUUCUCCAUCGUUUCCUUGAUGGGCUUCUUCUUUGUGGAGAAAAGAACAGGAAGAAAGGCUCAACAGUAGUUGAUGAAACAUGCAAAGCAAAUCAAACUUUCAAAUGUGUAAUUUAUAUGUUUCUUGUUUAAGACGGUGUGUAUUAUUAUUAUUAUAAGCUUUCAAAGCACAGAGACAGUAUGUCAUAUUGAAACCUUGAACUCAUACAUUCCACAAAA